GAACAUUUUGAGUUACUUGGAAUUAAAAAAAAAAACGUUUAAAUACAUAAAAAUUUCGAUUCAUGAAAACAGUUUAAGUACAUAUAAUGGAGCGUCCACAAACAGCAAGUGAUAAUUUAAGUAUUAAAAGUGGUAUACCUAUAAUAUCAAAAGGAAAAAAUGCUUCAAACACAAAUUCAGAACCAUCUUGUCGUUCAGCCAUACCACGAUUACAAACGCGAAUGAUACAACAGUUUGAGCAAACGAAGCAAAACAAUUUACGUUCAAAAAGCUUUGAUGAGAGAACUGCAUCUAGAAGAUUUGAAAUGAUGACAAAUGGUAAGAGUCAAUUAAAAAAACAAGUUUCGAAUACCAAUUUAGAAGACCAUUUUGCAAGAGCAAAACGUUCUGGAGGUGCUGUUUCACGAGGAUCAAGUCUACCAAGAUAUGCUUUAGAUGCGCAUAGACGACCAACUUCCACUAGCAAAAGUACUCCAAACGCUACAUCUGCUUCUCCAAGUGAAACAUGCAUUCGACUAACGCAGCUCGACUUACGCACAACAACUGCUACGUCCAUAGUACAGAGGAAAAAAAAUUUACGUACUCCUCAAGUAGUUUCUCACUCAGCUUUCAUUGCAAAAAAGAAAAAAUUGGAACAACUUAAAACUGAGUUGCAGGCAAAACAGAAACAAGUUAUGGAAGCUUAUUCAAGUAUCUUAGAGACUAAGAAAUUAAUUGAACAAAAAACUGGAAAAACAGUUGAAGUGGAAAACUUUGAUUUAAUGAAAAUUGAAAAAGAAACUGAAAGAGAAAAACCUCAAAUUGAUAAUGAUUUCGUUCAACAAAUGGAACAAAAGUUAUCGCAAAUUCCUGUCGCGUAUCAAGCGGUAUGUGAAAGUCUUUUAGAAAACAGAUCAGAUAUAAUUCAUUGGCUUUCAAUGCAACACGCCUGUAAGAAUCACGUUGUUUCCAAACAACUCGAUUUAUAUAAGAAAGAAACCGAUAAAUAUCGACAAUUAGUCUUAGAAUGUGAUACAGCACAACAAACAAUUAUAUAUGAAUUGCUUGAAAGUUGGAAAGCUUUAUGGGUAUGGAAAGAAACUUGUAUAAAUGAUCGAUUUACAGAAUUAGAAACCGAAAAUCGUAACGUAAAAGAUAUGGUUAAUAAUUUAACAUCUGAGUUGGACAAAUUUCGAUCUGCUAAAGCCGAUUUAGAAAAAAAACUAAUUGAAGCUGAAAGUAAUUUAGUAAUUAUGAGAAAAAAAAUUGAGGAAAAAGAAAAAGACUUAGAAAAUAUGGAAAAUAAAACUAAAUAUAUUGAAAAACAAACCAUAUGCAAUUAUGAAGCUAAAUUGAAAUUGCGAAAACAAAAACAAAAAGAAAUGGAGUCAAAAAUUAAAACUCUUGAACAAAAAGUAGAAUCUUUAAAUACAAUUAACAGAAAAAUGGAUGAAGAGCUUAAGAAUAAAGGUACUUCAUUUGAUAGUAAAACGAAAGAACUAGUUAAAUCUUCAAAGUUAAAUGAAGCAUUAGUAGCUAAAUUGGAGAAAGAACGAAUUGGUCUUGAUAUGAGGAUAAAAGAUUUGCAACAAUUACUUGAUUCUCGUGAAUUAGAGUAUGAAAAUAAUUUAAAAGAAUAUAAAAGUUCCAUACAAACAUUUGAAAGUAAAAUUAUAACAAUGCAGAAGGAAAUCGAUACCUACGAGAAAAAAUAUUCUGAUGUACGUAACGAAUUAGUUAAAUUGCAAAUGAAAUGUCAUCAGGAUAAUGAAAUAAUGAAAAAAAGAAAAUUCGCUACUGAACCUGGUGGACCAGGUAUUAAUACUCAAACUGAAAUGGAUAUGUGGACAGAAUUACAGGCAACAAGAGUAGCACUAAAAGCAGCUGAAGAGAAACUUCAACGUAAUAAUGAAGAGAGAGAAAGAUUUUUACAAACUAUUGAAAAAGCAGUUUCAGAAAAAGAUCAACUAUCGAGCGAAGGGUGGACAGCUAAAUUGGUUUUAAAAGAUGAAGAAAUUGAAGGUUUAAAACAUCAAAUAGAAAAACUUUCAGAUACGAUUGUAUACAGUCGAGAUUUAGCGGCCAAACAAGAAAAAAAAAUUUCCGAUUUGAAAAAAGCAUUAGAUUCCUUAGUGACCAAUGAAGCUGCUGCUGCUGCCGCCGCUGCCACUACAGCUGCAAGUACGAAUAAAAAAGAAACAGAUCAAAAUUCAUUGGAAAUGAAAGCGAAAUGGGAAAAAGAACAUAAAAAGACACACGAAUUGGAAGACAAGCUACGUGAAUGUGAAGCUAAAAUGGGACAAAUGCAUGCUAAAAUUAAAGAUUUGGAAAAAACGCUAAAAGUACGUGAUGGUUUAAUUGGAAUUCUGAAAUCGAAAAAAGAUAUGACACUGACUAAACAUGAUGAGUUGCAAAUGUAUGUUAAUGAUCUAUUACUUCAAUAUAAUGAGUUAAAUACAAAAUAUGAAGCGAAAUCUACCAAAAUUGAUGAUUUACGUACUUCAAUUGAAUGUAAAACAAUGCAAAUUGAACGUUUAGAAAAAACAGUAAAAUCAAUGGAAGAUCUAUGCCAAGAAACGAAUAAAACAAACUUAGAAUUGCAAGAAAGAAUUAAAUUUUAUCAAAAACAAUUUGAAGAAUAUCAAAUGAGUGUUGCACGUCCAGCCGCGGAUAUGCAAGGGACAGUUGGAAUUUUUUACAAACCAACCGAAGGGAAUUCUUACAUUCUUGCAUCACCACCACCUGUAUAAUUUUUAUUUUUCG